GUGCGAAGAAUAACAGAGGGAAAAGCAGCGCAAAGUGCUCGCUGGAUGUGAGUGGAAUUGAACCCUUGAAAAUUAGAAUGAUCUAUCGCGACUCGAAAUCAAAACUAACUUUUCAGAUCAUUAAAGAAAUUUCUCUCUCGUCUCAUGAUUUCAUGGAAGUCAAGUCAAAAAUUCUCCAAACUGGAUCAAAAAAAAAUAUUUUUAGCUAUAAAUUUGUGAACGGGGAAAGUCCUUUUCUUGAAACGGAUACAAGUGAAGUUAGACCUCUCGUAUUCCUGUGGAUACAGUUGUGAGUUAUCUAAAGACUGUAUCGGGACGGACCUUUUUCAAAAUUUGAAUCUGGAACCAUGUUGUGCGUCAUACUUAGUGCUUUGGUGAUUCUGCUGAAUGCUGUACCUACCUCCCAAAUCCAGGUGAGAAACCGGGCAUUCACACGCUCGCAAAGCGGAACCCAAGUGCUAGCGAUAGUUCGCCAAGGAGGAACCUGGACGUCUUCAUCAGUUGUUUCCUGUGCCAUGACGUGCCUGGCGACAUUUGAGGACUGCUACAGCUUUCUCUACCAAAACGCCACGAAGACAUGCACACCCGGUUCAGCGUUUUCCUUCAGUGAGCAGCCCCCUAGUCCGGCAGAGGGCAUUCUCUACCUGGCCAAAGCGUGCGACCAGUCACAGGAGUUCGUGAACCUCUGGAUAUCCGCAGGGACGACAAUCUGUGUGUACGUCUCUGAGACCACGGCCAGAUAUCACGACGCCAAGAAUAUCUGUCAAGAUAAAGGAGGUCACCUGUACGGGGCCCAGACGUUACCCAAGUAUCAACUGUUCUUGGACAUUGUAGCGGUGCAUCCGGGCGACUACAUGCUUGGGUUGACGGAUGUGGCACAGGAAGGAACCUGGACAUGGGAUGCUGACGGCACAGAGAUGUCCAGUGAGAUGCGGGAAACCAUAUUUUUCGCAAAUGAACCGAACGGUGCGACUUCACAUGAGGACUGUGCUUUUACAAAAAAACAAUACACCAAAACUUUAUUUUUUGACGUUGCUUGCAACACCCAUGCGAAGUUCAUAUGUGAGAAGCAUCACAUGUAGGCUCAGCAGACCACACACGAUUGGUGCUGGAAAGAUUAUUUUGCAUAAUAAACCUAAAUCAA